GUGUGGGACAUUUUUGCGGAAUUGCCUCAGCUGAUCCAGGAAACGGUGAAAACUGAUGUCAAUUUUCUAACAACCAUUUCUAGGGUUUAUGUUCAUCUUGGACAUUUUAGUUUCAUGAACCAAAACACGUUUUCAAGAAGAGUCUCUUCUUGAAAACAAGAGGACAGCCAAUGGGCUCUUUCGACUCCUGAUCUCGAGCACAUAUAAAACAUCACCAACCUGAUGCCAUUUUCAUCCUCUUCAUCGUCAUCCCUAAACAUGGCCAAGCCACUCUCUCUCCCACCAUCCCUGCUUGUUCUCCCCCUCCUCCUCCUCCUCGUAACUUGUCCCUACAUGUCCCAUGUCCACGCACACUGCAGCUUCGAAGGGAGAAACGACCACCACCAGUGUCCCUCGAAAGUGAAAGGCGUGUUCGUGUUCGGGAGCUCGCUGAUGGACAACGGCAACAACAACUUCCUCCACAACAUGGCGAAGGCCGACUACUCGCCCUACGGCAUCGACUUCCCCCUCGGCCCGUCGGGUCGGUUCACCAACGGCAGGAACGUGGUCGACCUCCUUGGAGAGUUCCUUGAGCUCCCCUCACUGAUCCCGCCCUUCGCCGACCCCUCGACCAAGGGGCUCAAGGUCAUCAAUGGCGUCAACUUCGCGUCCGGCGGCUCCGGCAUACUGGACGACACUGGCUCUAUCGCGGGACAAGUGACGAGCCUGAGCCAGCAGAUCAGGAACUUCGAGCGAGUGACGUUGCCGGAGCUGGAAGCCCAGGUGGGUUGCCGGAGCAGCGAGUCGCUGCCGGAGAACUACGUGUUCAUGGUGGGGACAGGAAGCAACGACUACACCUUCAACUACUUCUUGAGCGCCAACCGCAACCUCACCCUUCAGUCCUUCACUGCCAAUCUCAUCUCCUCUCUGUCUCUGCAGCUCCAGAAGCUGUACAAAUUAGGAGGGAGGAAGUUCGUGUUGAUGGCAAUAAACCCGAUAGGCUGUAGCCCCAUGGCAAAGGCAAGGUUGCCGGUACAUAUCGGUUGCUUGCAAGUCUUGAACCGGGCCGUUCAUCUCUUCAACAUCGAGUUGAAGUCGCUCGUGGAUGACCUGAAUCCGAAGCUUCCCGGUUCGCGUUUCAUCUUUGUCAACUCUUACAAGAUCAUUAGGGACAUCAUCAAGAACCCCACCUCCAAAGGAUUCGGCGACACUACUUGGCCGUGUUGCGAAGUAGCAUCGUUAAAGGAAGGAGGGAGUGGAGUGUUGUGCAAAAGAGGGGGACGAGCGUGCGCGGACAGGAGCUCCCACGUCUUCUUCGACGGGCUGCAUCCGACAGAGGCUGUGAAUGUUCAGAUAGCAACCAAGGCUUUCAUAUCUACUCUCAGUACUGAAGUUUAUCCCAUCAAUGUCAAGCAUCUCGCCGAAGCGUAGUUAUGUCAGCUUUCUUUAGUUCACUCUUGUAUGAAUGUCGUAACCCCCCAGAUCAGUUAGAAAAUCCGUGUUAAGAUAGGCUCUCUUGAUGUUUAUUUGGCUUCGAGUCAGGUUUCUUCUUCCUGUUUUCUUGGUCAGUUAGCUUUAAGUCAGUUGCAAGGUUUGACGGGGAGAGAAGAGUUCGAUCAACUUUUCCCAGAUCUGUUUGUCUUAAUUUUAUGAGAAAAAUCUAUGCGACAUCUCAAGUCUGCAAA